UUUUUUUUUUUGGAGCGCCCUAGCAAUCUCGGAAAAGCCUCAGACGCCACCUACAGUUGAGUCGUGGGUAACUGCCCUCUCCGGCAGCGGCCACCCCUCCCUUCCACGCCCCCCACCCUUUCCACCCAAAAAAGGGGGUGCAGCGCGUAUUCGGGCUGCUUUGCUUCGCGAGAGCCGGUAGACCCGUGCUAAUUUCCUUUCCUUUCCUUUUUUUUUUCGUUUUUUUCUUUUUCUUCUUUUUUGUUUGAUUUCUAACGCGUACAGACUGAGCCACUGCCGUGCGCGCCAGGAAAAUUGCACAAAACUCCUAGGGAUUCUCUGAGCUCUGGAAAGCCGCCCAGGGAUCGCUUCUGGAAACCGGGCUCGGCAGCUCCGUACCUUAUUUCUCAUCCAGAUCCACGUUGGAAAAAAGAGGGAGAGAGAAACUAAGAGCGCGGCGAUUCUGCACAUUUUGGAUAACAAAAGGACCCGAGUUGGCUGCGCACCGAGCACCCCCGGGAGCCGGGCGGAGCGGACGGGGUGCAGGCGGCGCCCACGGGGACUCCUGACUCCUUCCCUGCGUGGCCCUUCGCCUGUGCCCUCUCUAGUCCCCUCCUAACGCCCGUAUCCAGGAGGCGCCUGCAGCCUGCAGCGCUCGCCCGCGACUCCUGUCCUCCGGGUGUGUGUGUGUGCGUGCGCGCGUGUGUGUGUGUGUUGGUCGUGUGCGAUCCCCACACCCAUGAACAUACACAGGUCCACCCCCAUCACAAUAGCGAGAUAUGGACGAUCGCGGAACAAAACCCAGGAUUUCGAAGAGUUGUCGUCUAUAAGGUCCGCCGAACCUAGCCCGAGUUUCAGCCCGAACCUUGGCUCCCCGAGCCCGCCCGAGACUCCGAACUUGUCGCAUUGCGUGUCUUCCAUCGGAAAGUACUUGCUGUUGGAACCUCUGGAGGGGGAUCACGUUUUCCGUGCCGUGCAUCUGCACAGCGGAGAGGAGCUGGUGUGCAAGGUGUUUGAGAUCAGCUGCUACCAGGAGUCCCUGGCCCCAUGCUUCUGCCUGUCCGCACACAGCAACAUCAACCAGAUCACCGAAAUCCUCCUGGGCGAGACCAAAGCCUACGUGUUCUUUGAGCGGAGCUAUGGGGACAUGCACUCUUUCGUCCGCACCUGCAAGAAGCUGAGGGAGGAGGAGGCCGCCAGACUGUUCUAUCAGAUCGCCUCGGCGGUGGCGCACUGCCACGAUGGGGGGCUGGUGUUGCGAGACCUCAAGCUGAGAAAGUUCAUCUUCAAGGAUGAAGAGAGGACCCGGGUCAAGCUAGAAAGCUUGGAAGACGCCUACAUCCUCCGGGGAGACGAUGAUUCCCUGUCUGACAAGCAUGGCUGCCCCGCCUACGUCAGUCCGGAGAUCCUAAACACCAGCGGCAGCUACUCCGGCAAGGCCGCGGACGUGUGGAGCCUGGGCGUGAUGCUGUAUACCAUGUUGGUGGGUCGCUACCCUUUCCAUGACAUUGAGCCCAGUUCCCUCUUCAGCAAGAUCCGGCGAGGCCAGUUCAACAUUCCAGAGACCCUGUCGCCCAAGGCCAAGUGCCUCAUCCGGAGCAUUCUGCGGCGGGAGCCCUCUGAGAGGCUGACCUCGCAGGAAAUUCUGGACCAUCCUUGGUUUGCUACAGAUUUUAGCGUCUCGAAUUCAGGGUAUGGUGCUAAGGAAGUGUCGGACCAGCUGGUGCCGGAUGUCAACAUGGAGGAGAACUUGGACCCUUUCUUUAACUGAGCUCGGUCCCAGGCAGAGACUUAGCAGGUACCAGGAGCAAGAGAGGGCCCCAGAGAGGACUUCUUCCAGAGGGAGACAUGUGGCCUGGCUGGCCAGUCAGAAAGACACACGCGUUUGCGAGUUUUGUGGUCCAAAGCAGGCAGAUCUUCAAGGAGCUGAUUAAACAUGUAGUGUAGGAGGGCAAGAGACAUGGGCUCAAGGUUGGGGUCAGAUGAUGGGGUCCCCUGGAGCUUCUCUUCCUUUAUGAGACCCCUCUUUGCCAGUUGGACCUCUUCUGCCUACCCCACCUUCCAUUCUGUUCCAAACUAGUUGCAGAUCUUGAUAGAAUCAAAACUCUGCCUCAAACACACCUCUUGGCAUUGCACUGUUAGCAUUUAACUUCUUGUUAUGAUUCAGGGAAGGAACAAUUGGCUGAGGACUUUUUUUUUUAAAAAAAAACAAGCCAACCACCUAUGUGACAAUUAGUGGGAUUUGCUUAAAAAACAAUUCGGUGCACACAGACGAACCUGGAACCCGGGUGCUAAACUAAAAGGAAGAACAACCACAACAAAAAUCCAGUCGGUGUCUCGUAAUGGCUCUCUUCAGCUCAUCUUCUGAAUAAACCAUUUAAUAUCCUGGUUAGGAAACGACGCAUAGACGCAUUGCUUUCUGAAGGGGGAAAAUCUGUUCUCUAACAGGCUCUUCUGUUUUGUGUCAGCUGGCUGGUGGCAGGAAGCUAUUAGAAGUCAAACUUCCAAAGCAUUACUUUUAUCACGGUCUGAAGGUGAAAAAGGGGAGAGGACAGGAAAAGAGCAAUUCCACGCCCUUUUGACUUGUUUUCCCUGAAAGUAGUGAGGGUUUGCAUGGUGGGCGUUCUUUGCUGAGAUGAUAUGGCCAGCCCAAGAGGCCAGGAAGCUCCUGGAGUCUGACGUCUUUGCAGACAUUCUGAUUGCAGCUCCAUAUUUUGUCUUUGUUUGAUGGGAAACUAGUGAAACAAAGCAGGUUGUCCCACAUGUAUAAAAUACAGGGCAGCUAUUUAGUUUUCUUUACCAAGAAUGAUCCUUUUGGCUUGGAAGGCCCUCUGGUUUGGACAGAAAAAGUGGAAAGUAUAAUAAGCUGAAAGCUAGGAUGAUAUAAAUAAAAACAGCUCUCUAUCCCAAUACGCACCUUUGUAUUUUGAGAACUCUUCUAUUUAUUAAGGAAAAUGUCACAUUGUGAUGUAUUAAGCCAGUACUUCAAUUACGGGUCGACUUGGGAUGACAUGUUACAUGCUGUAGUUAACAUUUAUAAUAUUUUUUUCUCGUUUGAGUAUUUCUGUCCCUGAAAUAACCUUUGAUUUGGCUUUUCUAGAUAGCUUUAUUUGAUUUCGAGUGGCAAAGAUGUUUUUUAUUCUGCUUUUUUCUAUUGCUGUAUGAUACAGAGCUCUUUUGGCAUAAAUAUUUGUGUUUCUAGUACCUCAGUUGUUUGGAUUUUACUGCCUGUAUAUGUUUUGUGAAAUGGUCCUGUUUUUUGGGUAGGUAACACGUGGACUCUAGUAUGUAAAUGUUACUUGAAUCUGUGCUUUAUUCUAGUACGUGGCAUGUGUGUGUGCGGACUCUUUGAUGCCCUGUGCCUGUGCAGCCAGAGUCCCUGUCCCCAGGCGAGCAGCUUCCCUGUUCACAAUCAGGAGACAAGGCGGCCAUGGAGACGCCCUUGAUUUUAUUUUGAUAACGAAGAGAUAGAGGAGAGAGGUUUUUUACAUUCUGAAGAUGGUGCUGCAUCAAGAAGGACCUUAAUUCUUCCCUCUCCCCUAUUUUUUAAGUACCUGGUAGAAGGAAAGAGUGAUGACGUGCAUGGUGGGGAUCUAUGGCCUCUGGUGCUCUGUCCUGUAUUUGGUUUAAUGUUUUUGUCCUAAUCUCUUCAAAUCAAUAAAAUUGUGCGUAUUUAACUAAAA